AGGGGAAAGAGGAGGGAGGGGAGAGAAAGAGUGAGAAAAGAUAAGCAACGAGCCUGUGCCAAAGAAGGCCACGUGCUUAUGGAGCACUGGCAGAGCAGCAACCCAAAUAACAUUUAAUUUUUUUUAAUUCAAAAGAGCAGGGCCUGCUUGUGUGCGUGUGUUGAACGGCCUCUCCUCUAGCCUGCUUUACGGUUCUUCCUCCGCCACCAGCAGCAGCAGCAAGCAAGCAAACUCAGCCGCUCCCCUCCCCACCGCUCACCCGGGGGAAAGAAGAGGCGGAGGAAGGAGAGGAGGUGGUGGUGUAGGAGGACGACAGGCAGCCGGGCAGAUCCUGUCUGAUCUGUGCGCCGGUGAUGGGUGGUGGUGGUUUGUUUUCCUUGCCGCCCUCCCCGCGGCUCCCAUCCUCUUCCUGCAGCCGGCUAGCCUAAACCAAGGCGAGGCGCAAAAGCGAAGCGCAAUUACGCGCGCCUGUUUGUUUUUUUUGCCCUCCGGGUUCUUGAUAAUGGAAAAAGUGCCCAGAGAAAUUUCUGGCGGCGAUGGUGCUGGUGCCGGCGGCGGCGUCCCUCCUCUUUUUUUUUCCACCAGCAGCGGAUCACCAUUGUGUGGGAGGAGGGCAGCGGCGGCAGCAGCGGCGGCGACAGGGAUGGACUUGGUCUUUGGGAUUUCUUGCUAAAGGGAGCAGCACAGACACCCGGCGCACCAGACCAGCAGGGAGGCGGACGCGAGAGGAGCUGCUGCGCUCACUUGCUGCUGUUGCCUCCGCCUGGGCGCACCAUCGCCUUCUCUGCCGGCAAAGCCACAAGGCUCUUCCGUAAAGAAGCGCCUGGCUUCUCCCUUCCUGCCUUCGUCUUCACCGCCUUCCCACCUUGCAGGCUCCCCGCUGCAGCAGAUGUGUUUGGGGUCACCGCGCAGCUGGGACUAUGGUGAAAUUUCCGGCGCUCACUAACUACUGGCCCCUGAUCCGCUUCUUGGUCCCUUUGGGCAUCACCAACAUAGCCAUCGACUUCGGGGAGCAGGCCUUGAACAGAGGUAUCGCAGCUGUUAAGGAAGAUGCUGUGGAGAUGCUGGCCAGCUAUGGGUUGGCCUACUCCCUCAUGAAGUUCUUCACGGGCCCAAUGAGCGACUUCAAGAACGUGGGGCUGGUUUUUGUCAACAGCAAGAGAGACAGAACCAAAGCAGUGUUGUGUAUGGUUGUAGCUGGUGCUGUGGCCGCUGUGUUCCACACCUUAAUAGCAUACAGUGAUUUGGGGUACUACAUAAUUAACAAGUUGCACCAUGUGGAUGAAUCGGUGGGAAGCAAAACACGCAAGGCCUUCCUGUAUCUGGCAGCCUUCCCAUUCAUGGAUGCCAUGGCUUGGACCCACGCAGGUAUUCUUCUGAAACACAAAUACAGUUUCCUGGUUGGAUGUGCCUCCAUUUCAGACGUCAUUGCUCAGGUUGUUUUCGUAGCCAUUUUGCUCCACAGUCAUUUGGAGUGCAGAGAGCCCCUCCUCAUCCCUAUCUUGUCGUUGUACAUGGGAGCCCUUGUCCGAUGUACCACCUUAUGCCUGGGCUACUACAGAAACAUACAUGAUAUUAUUCCGGACAGUAGCGGGCCAGAGAUGGGGGGAGAUGCUACAAUAAAAAAGAUGCUCAGCUUCUGGUGGCCUUUGGCGUUAAUUUUGGCUACUCAGAGAAUCAGCCGGCCAAUCGUCAACCUCUUCGUAUCCCGAGAUCUGGGUGGCAGCUCUGCAGCUACAGAGGCGGUGGCAAUUCUGACAGCUACAUAUCCAGUAGGGCACAUGCCAUAUGGCUGGUUGACAGAAAUUCGAGCUGUUUAUCCUGCUUUUGACAAGAAUAACCCCAGCAAUAAAUUGGUGAAUACCAGCAGCACCGUCACAGCAACUCAUAUCAAGAAGUUCACCUUUGUUUGCAUGGCCCUGUCUUUAACGCUCUGUUUUGUGAUGUUCUGGACUCCAAACGUGUCUGAGAAGAUUCUGGUUGAUAUCAUUGGAGUGGAUUUUGCCUUUGCGGAGCUCUGUGUCAUUCCACUUCGUAUCUUCUCCUUCUUCCCAGUUCCAGUCACAGUAAGAGCACAUUUGACAGGAUGGCUGAUGACGUUAAAAAAGACUUUUGUGCUGGCCCCCAGCUCAGUACUGCGGAUCAUUGUCCUCAUCACCAGUCUGAUUGUGUUGCCUUACUUGGGGGUUCAUGGAGCCACCUUGGGAGUAGGAUCACUUCUGGCAGGCUUUGUAGGAGAAUCUACCAUGGUUGCGAUAGCAGCUUGUUACGUCUAUCAGAAACAGAAAAAGAAGAGGAACGACAAUGAGACGGCAACAGAAGGCGAGGACUCUGCAAUGACUGACAUGCCUCACACAGAGGAAAUGACGGACAUUGUCGAAAUGAGAGAGAACGAAUAGCAAAUGACAGUUGACUGUUCUCUGCAGGGACAACUGGAAGCAUAUUUCUUUCUCUGUUUCUCUCUCUCGCAUACUUCAUUGUUUCUUUGUAAUAAAGAAGCCUUGAUUCCAAAGGUUUCCGAUAACGAAUUCCCUAGCAUACCAAGUAUGCAGGCAUGGAUGAGGGACUGAAAGGAACAGUCUCUGCUUCCCUUCCCUCUCCCUUCGACUGAAAUCCUUCUCUCACCACAUGCAAACUCAAGAGAACGUGGCCGCUACACGGUAGUUGGGAUCUCCCUUCUUUCGACGGUCUCCAUUUCUCAACCAAAGUCGGCUUAUUCGUGGAUUCUGCUGCCGUCCUUUCUGCCUCUGCCAGUGCUUCCCACACACUUCCUUUUUAAAAUAAUAAUAAUAAUAAUAAUAAUGGAAGGUUUGAAAUGCAGCCUUUGGGACGGGGGAGACACACAUCGUUAGCUUUAUUUUAUUUGCUUGAAAAUGACUUUGAUCUAUUGACCUGUACCACGGUGGGUUCUUCACUAUGGUUUUCUCAUUGUUCCGUGUAAUCUGUUGUAUACCGCUGCAAAGCAGAAUUCUGAGGCGGGGGUCAAGAAAAUGAUAGGUGGCAUACAUUAAAUAGACCAUGAUAAACACAGGACAAGACUUUUGUUUAGAGUUUAUGAUAAGAAUCAAAAUAAUCUUUCUGUUCUCUGGUUUCUCAGUUGUUAUCUGUGCUACACUAACCUUAUAACUGUGUUUUUUUUUUAAAAAAAUAUCAACUAUGGACAUUUAAAUCAGACGCUUUAUAUAGAAUAUUAGUGUCCAGUCUAAAAUCCUUUCUUCACGAGACUUUGGCUUCCAUGCUCAGUGGUGUGCGGGAUACUGUUGUUUAAGGUUUGAGGCAAGCAAUUGUUUCCCAAAAGGAAGGUGACGAAAAAUGGCAAAGGGGGGGAAAUAACCCACAGCCAAUACUUAGAAACCAAAGUUGUAAUCCAGUGUUUUGAAAAUAUGGCUGUUUGUACUGUCUAUUCAAAAAAAUAUACACAUGCUAACAUAUACAGAGAAUAUCAUGGUAUAGCCCUUUAACGGAGGUAACUCUGUAUAGGGUUGUCGCUUCCAACGUUUUACCAGCACUGCGUGGAAAAAAGCCUACUGCAUUGAAAGAAGGCAGGCAUUUUGAAAUGCUGUGUUCGGUGUCUCUGGCCAAAGGAAUUAGUAUUUCAUCUGUCACCCAUUAAUCUGGUUGGGCUGGGAAUGUCUACAUGGGCCGCGCUCUGGUGACUGAAUGAGCUUAUGCUUGAUCCGUCACAGAUACAGGUCACAAAAGCCCAGGAUUUCAGCCUUCGUGUGGCAGGGCUGACUGUAGAACCAGCAAAGGAUAUCAGAUUUAUGCAACCAGCUUCCUGCUGUUGGUGCGGAAAUGUGGUGGGGAAUGUCCUGUUCUCCUUGGGACCUUCCUGCGUUUCUGGGUGUUGAAUCGGAAACGACAACACUUUCCAAGCAGGUGUGUGCAUGCGUAGACAGGGCAAAGUGGACCUCCCAGGUGCCCGUCUAGGAACUUACUUUUGACCACAUGACAUGAUGUAAUCAUAAUCCGAGAGGAAAUAUCUUGAAAUGUUCCAUUUCAAGGUUUCUUUAGCCAAAUUAUAUUUUUCUAUAAGGUGUAGAGCAGUAAAAUGACUUUAUUUAAUUGUACUCAAAGCCAUUUUCUAGAUUUAGGGUGGGGGCAGGUAGCUUAGAACAGAUGAAAUCUUACAAUUGCGAUCCUUUAUCAAUAUAUGUGUAUAUAUACAUAUGAAUGUGUAUAAAUAUAUAUAUUGUACAUUAUUGUGUAAUUUAUUUUAGGCUGCAACAUGUUUCUUAUUUUUCCAAAGCUCAGUAAAAAAAAGAGAAAAAAUUCUAAUGCAAAGCGAAGUUUGAUUGUGUGCUGAAACUUAACCAUUAAGAAGCGUACUUUUUUUGGUAAAUGUUGCAUUUCUGCAAAAUGGAUAAUUCGGUUUGGCACGUGCACACAAACACACAUGUGCAAACGCAAUAAAGAUGUCAGGGUCACUUUCACAACCAGCAAGAAUUCUACAAACCUGUUUGGGAAUAUGGAUCAACAACUUGGAGACCCCAGAGAUUGAGCCAGCCAGCCUGAAGAGAUCACCAGCCAGCCUUCAGUUGCUGAACCAAUGGCAAGAGAGGUGUGUGCAGAAUUAAUGGGAUUCCUCAGCACCUUCCUGUGUGAAAUGGAAAAUAAUCCUAGCCUGCCACUCUUCAGUGUGUCUCAACUGAAAUAGUUUGCUGAUGAAUGAUGACAGUGCUGUUCAACAACAGGUUCUUUUUGCUUGCCACGAAAAUAUACUGGAUAAAAAUCAAUACUGCGUAGUUUAUAUUCUGUCUUCACAUACAUGAGGCUCAUGUAUGUAUCAUAUGUCUGUGUAUGUGUCUGUAAGCACUCACACAAAUGUUGGCAAAUGUUACCGAUUUUUCUCGGCCAGGACAAUACUGAUUUCUCUAGCAUGAUCAGACUCAAAAUUUGCAUCUCUUUGGAAAUAAAACGAGAAGAGUAUAUUUCUUGUGACAGUCCCUCUGAUAUCGUUAACAAAUGUAUGCUGUAAUAUUAUUUAUUUGGGUCUAGAGCCGGAUAAAUAUUAAAGAUCUAAUAUUUCA